AUGCCUUUCUUCUCAGGCCGCCGUGAGCCCUCCCCACCGCCCCGGGAGCCCACUCCUCCUCCCGUCGAAGAACCCCGCCGCCGUGGCUUCUUCUCCGGCCGCCGCGACCCUUCCCCCCCACGCCAGGCUCCCGUGCCCCAGCACGCCGCCGUUCACGAGCCCCCUCGCAAGAAGGGCGGCCUCUUUGGCUCCCUCCGCGACCGCUCGCCCUCGCCCGUGCGCGACAACCACGCCGUCCAGCACCCGUCCCAAGACCCUCACCACCGCUCGACGGGUGGCGGCGGCGGUCUCUUCCACCGCAACCGCGGCCGCUCGCCCUCGCCGGCUCGCACAUCCGUCUCGUCCCUCUCCUCCGCCGGCGGCAGCUCCUACCACACGGGUCCCACGCGUUCGGGGUCCGUCUCGACGCACGGCACACGGGGCAAGCGCGGCCUGCUCUCGAAGCGCGGCGGCCGCUACGACGAGGCCGACAUGGACCCGUCGGUGCUGUCGGCGCGCGAGCGCGUCAUGGGCGCCGAGCAGGCCGAGAAAGACGCCGACCGCGCGCUCAUGGCGGCGAGGGAAAGCGUCGCGGCCGCGCGGGAGGAGGUCAGGCGCGUCGGGGAGGAGGCGAGGGAGGAUGCCAGGCGGGCCAAGGUCAAGCAGUACCAUGCCAAGGAGGUGUCGAAGAGGGGGAAGGCACUUGGUCGCUUCAGCUAA